UUUGCUAAUCACUAUUUCGAAGUGUCUCAAGGCAAAAACAGGCUUCUACCACAUGCUGCUCCACCACCACCACCACCACCACCAAAGAGCCAUGCCCAAGUCAACCCCAUUUCUAUUUUCUAUUAUUAUUUUUAUAUAAAUUGUACCCCAUCUUUUCCAACCCAAAAAAAAAUGGAAAUCAUCAGUGUGCUGAUGAGAGUAAGGACCUCCCAUGUGUUUAUUGCUGGAAAAUUACUAAGCUGAGUUUUAGGUGGAAAAUAAAACUCGUUUUUAUUGUGAUGAAGAUGAGCAGGAGAGAAAGGAACAAAAUCUGAUAAAGUGUGGCAGAGAAAUAGUGUCUUCUUUUUAGCCUUGCCCUGUUGUCCUCCUCAACCCCAGGGAACAAAAUCCCCACUUCUUUUUCUUGAUACAAAGGAAAAGUCUUUCGUCUUUUGGUUUUAUUUUCGUUGCUUUUUUUUUUUUUUUUUUCUUGGGAUUCAUCCGCCGUUGAUAUUAAGGAAGAUGUUUCCAGGACUGAUCCAAGUUCAGCCCCAUGAAUCGAUCGUUCCUCAGGAAGAUUUACGGGGCUCGAAUCACCGCGGUGACCCUUGCCUCGUCUUGACUUCCGAUCCCAAACCCCGCCUCCGAUGGACAGCUGACCUCCAUGAACGUUUCGUGGAUGCCGUGACUCAGCUCGGAGGGGCUAAUACUACUCCGAAGGCAAUCAUGCGGACAAUGGGUGUAAAAGGACUGACUCUCUUCCAUCUAAAGAGUCACCUCCAGAAAUACAGACUAGGUAAGCAAUCAGGGAAGGAUAUGGGUGAGGCACCCAAAGAUGGAAUCUCAGCUUCAUACCUUUCAGAAAGCCCCGGCACUAGUAAUUCUUCUCCAAACUUGCCAACUUCUGAUAUAAAUGAGGGUUAUGAAGUCAAGGAAGCACUGAGAGUCCAAAUGGAAGUGCAAAGUAAACUACAUCUGCAAGUUGAAGCUGAGAAGCACUUGCAGAUUCGGCAGGAUGCAGAACGAAGAUAUAUGGCCAUGCUUGAGAGAGCUUGUAAGAUGCUUGCUGAUCAAUUUAUAGGAGGUGGAGUUAUAGAUACGGACAAACAGAAACUUCAAGGAUUGGGGGCUACAACACCCACAAGUUCCUCACAGAAUUUACUUGGCUUCUAUUCUCUACAAUCUGGUGAGUUGGUCAGAUUGCAUGGCCCUGAAGAUGAAGUGCUACCUAGUCUCCAUUCCCAGAGGACCGAUUGUUCCACUGAAAGCUGCUUGACUUCACACGAGAGUCCUGCAGGGUUGCCUCUGGAAGGAUCUCCUGCAGGUGGGAAGAAAAGGAUGCUAAGCUUGGACUCAAUGACUGCGUCGUUGAUUUGGAGUGAAGCCAAAAUGAGAACCCAAGAUGUCAAUGUGCCUCAAGUUGAAACCCAUGGAAUCGCUGGAUAUGGCCUUUAAAUGCUCAAAUUUCCGAUUGAUGGUGAGAACAUUGGUGACCUGUUCUGAUUCAUUAGGUUGGCAGAAUAGAAGUGGAAUCCACUUGUUCCAAGCUGUAAAUUGAAGCUGCUAGUGGUUUAAUAUUAAGACCAGUUGCUCUGAUUAUGCCAAAUCUAAUUUGUUUCUACAGACUCUCAGACGCCAAUCUUAACUUCAUGCAUUUCUCCUCGGUUACUAUUGUUAAAAACGCUUUUCUUUUCUUUU